UCAUGUAUUAGUGUUAUGGGGGGCCUCUGAAGGAUCUGCAUAACGCCGCAUGACGUCGCCGGUGUCCACGCCAUGGAAGACUCGAUUGAGGUCAUGCUCCAGGACUACAGCAGCGGCUAUCUGCGCCGUCACCGGGACAACCACGUGCUCGCCGUCUGCUCGAGUGCGCUGCUGGCCGGCUUCUACGGGUUAUGGACAAUGUUCGUCCUUCCCGGCUUCCGGAAAGUGCCAGCCAGGCUUAAGGUACCCUAUUUACCGUCAAGCCUGGAACAGACCGCAAAUGUCAUGAAACUCCUGCAGGGGCGACAGGGUACACUGGCUGACCUUGGAUCAGGCGAUGGCAGGCUGGUGCUGGCAGCGUCCUCGCGGGGGUUCCACUGCACCGGGUUCGAGAUAAACUCCAUCCUGCUGGCCUACUCCCGAGCCAGGGCUCACUGGAGAGGGGUCCCCCACAGCCACGCCAACUUUGUCAACAAGGAUUUCUGGAAGACGGAUCUUUCCGGAUACAGCAAUGUGACGGCAUUUCUGGCCCCUGGAGUGAUGGAGGCGUUGGAGCAGAAGCUCCUGGCAGAGCUCCCUGAUGGUGCUCGAGUCGUCUCCUGCCGUUUCCCCUUCCCCCGCUGGCCCCCCUCCCUCACAGAGGGCUCCGGGCUCAAUCAGGUCUGGGCCUACGACGUCAUCACCGUCCGCAAGCCCCGCCCACAGCCCUGUCACCUACACCCGUCAUAGUGAACCAUGCACCAAUGAAAAGGCGCCCUGAAGCCUACUAACCCACGCUACACAGAUGGGACUAAUACCAGUUUAAUUACGUCUUUGUUCAUACUGGAUGAUAUCACAUAAAAGUUUGUUGUUUUUCAUGUGCCAAAGCCUUUUCAUGUGUAAAACUAUUAGGGAAAACUUUUUAACAGGUGAGCAUCGUCUGAUGAAGCAGAUCCCAGUAAAAACAAAGAUAGCUAUACUUGAUUUAAAUUUUCAGAUUUAUUUGCAAAGAAAUAACAGAAAGCGAGAAAGCUUACCGGCUUUCUGAUUUGAAUUAGACAUAGUAAGAAUAUACACAAAAGGAGGGGGGGCUUCACCAAAACAAAAAGUGAUGGUUACUAACAUUUAUCAAUAUUUUGUCGUCUGAAUACCCCUUGUUGACCUUGCUGUAAGACCAGAAUGUGCUAGCUACCCCCUUCCAAGAGAAGCAGAGACAUUAAGGUCAAAGGCUGUCUGUCUGCUGGGAGAGAGAUGGAGAAAGACUCCUAGUAAGCACUUAAUUCAGAAAGUGGUCUAAUAGUAAUAAGGAUUAACACUUAAAGGUUAUUUGUAAUCAUGUGAUUGUCUUUAUGUUAACACACAUUGUAAAUUAAGAAUCAAUUAAGAAUGAAUUAAGAAAAUUACCCUUAAAACAUUUACUGUUUUUCUGCAAACCAUUUUCUAACAUCUUCCCACAGUACAGCUUGAGUUUCAGUAAAACAUACAGUGGGGUCUAAAGGUCUGGGGCAACAUUGAAAAUCUGGGGUUUUUUUCAUGUAAUCCUGGAAAUAAACAAAGUUUUGGCAUUUUGAAAAAAAUUACAACAAAUUAAUGUUACGUCAAAGCUUUGCAAGAACUACUCAAAGACCAAAGCAAGGAGUGCUGGACAAUCCACAAUCACCUGACCUCAACCCCAUGAAGACUGACAAAAGCUAAGCAUUUAGUAACAUCAUAAGAUGCUCUUUGAAACGUUGUCAAAUAAUGCUGGGAUUAGAUGAAUCUUCAGGUUUUGCACUAAUGUGUAGAGUCCAUACCAUCUUGAGUGCACGUUGCCAUUAAAGCAAAAGAUGGACAUACCAGAUACUAAGAAAUUGCGAAAUGUAAUUUUGUAAUUAAAAAGAUUUUCACUCAAAUUAUGUUGAUAGGCGGCACGGAUGGUGCAGUGGGUAGCACUGCUGCCUCACAGCAAGGAGGUCCUGGGUUCGAAUCCCCG